AUGUGUAUGAAGAACAACAUCAUCUGGCCCACCACGGACCCUACAACCGCCUCAAACUCUAAUGGGAUGAGGCUACCGGCGUGGCUCACCGCCGUGCCGCCGGACCCCCGCGUGUACGGUGACCUCAUCCAGCGCUGCGCGGACGCCGGCCACCUCGCCACCGGCAGGCAGCUCCACGCCCGCCUCGCCACCCUCUCCGUGAUCCCCUCCAACUUCCUUGCCUCCAAGCUCAUCUCACUCUACUCCAGAACCGGACGCCUGCACGACGCCCGCAGGGUGUUCGACGCCAUCCCGCAGCCCAACCUCUUCGCCUGGAACGCCAUCCUCAUCGCGCUCUCCCUCCACUCGCCCCAACCCUCCGCGGCUCUUCGCCUCUUCGCGGCCUCCGGCGUGUCCCCCGACGAGAUCACCGUCUCCGCGCUCCUCAAGUCCCUCGCCGCGUCCGGGCCGGGCCUGUCCCCUCUCGUCACCGGGGAGCUCCACGCCCUCGCGUUCCUGCGCGGGUUUGGCGCGGACCUCUUCGUGUCCAAUGGGCUCAUCACCGCCUACGCGAACGCUGGGGACAUGCGCUCCGCUCGCGCGGUGUUCGACCAAAUGCCACGCAAGGACGUCGUGUCCUGGAACUCUCUUAUAUCAGCGUACACCCGUGGAGGAUGGUACACAGAGUGCUUGGAGUUAUUCCAUGAGUUGGUGCAGGCUUGCGCUGGCGGUGGCGUUCGGCCAAACAGCGUCACGGUAACAAGUGUGCUGCAUGCUUGUGCCCAGCUCAAGGCUGUUGAUUUCGGGGUCUAUGUCCUCCGGAUUGCUAAGGAGAGUGGGCUUGAUAUGGACACCGCAGCAUGGAACUCAGUCGUAGGGUUUUACGCCAAAUGUGGGCGGUUGCACUAUGCACGACAGUUGCUUGAAAGGAUGCCUAAGAAAGAUGCGGUCAGUUACAGCGCCAUGAUUACUGGUUACAUGAACAAUGGGCAUGUCGAUGAGGCAAUGGAUCUUUUCCGUCAAGCAGAUGCUAAAGGCAUCAGCACAUGGAAUGCGUUGAUUUCUGGAUUGAUACAAAAUGGACGCCAGUCUGACGUUCUUGAAUUGCUUCAUGAGAUGAUGGGUGCUGGGAUACUGCCCAAUACAGCUACUCUUUCAAUCAUCAUGCCCUCAGCACCGUUGUUCUCAACCCUACUGGGAGCAAAGCAAGCUCAUGGUUAUGUGAUAAGAAAUGAUUAUGAUCAGAGCAACAAUGUUGUCAGUGCAUUGAUCGAUGCUUACUCAAAGGCUGGAUUUCUUUAUAUGGCCAGGAAGGUGUUUGAAUUGCAUGAGAAUAGAAGCACGAUUGCCUGGACAUCGAUCAUUUCGGCUGUCGCAGCUCAUGGAGAUGUUACGGAGGCACUGGACCUGUUUAAUCAGAUGGUCAGUACUGGCACUAGGCCUGAUACUGUAACUUUCACUGUUGUGCUUACUGCAUGUGCUCAUGCGGGCAAGGUAACCGAAGCUCGUGAAUUUUUUCACUCCAUGCAAGCUAUGUUUGGUAUCAGUCCUGUGAUGGAGCAGUAUGCUUGCAUGGUUUCUGUACUCAGCCAUGCUGGUAUGCUUAAGGAUGCGCUUGACCUUGUAAACAAGAUGCCUUUUGAGCCAAAUGCAAAGGUCUGGGGUACACUGCUUAAUGGAGCAGCCGCAGUUGGUGAUGUUGAGCUUGGUCGGUUUGUGUUUGAUCGACUGUUCAUAAUAGAGCCUAAGAACACAGGUAACUACAUUGUGAUGGCUAAUCUGUACUCAAAUGCUGGCAAAUGGGAAGAAGCUGAAACCAUAAGGAGCAUGCUGUGGGGAGUUGGAUUGGAGAAAGUUCCUGGGUGUAGUUGGAAUUGA